GAAACAAAAGAGGAGGAAGCUGAAGAGGCUAAUUCUCAGUCCCAGUCUUCCAACGGAAAAAAACAAAUGCGCUCUCAGAUGCUUUGUGAACUGCAUCGAGUGAAGAAGGAAAUGAUUGAAAACAGUACAAUAUUGACCAAACCGGAAGUGUAAGUUCUGUUAACGUAGGCAUUGGUAAUUAAGUUUACAUCGAUAGCAUUUAUUUCCAAUAUCAAAUUUGUUAUUUGUUGAUGUUCACAGCAAACCAUACACUCCGGAUAUCUUUAAUGACCUGUCACCGUACUACAACACGUACAUCGUUAAUUACAUGAUAAACGACCAGGUAAGUCAACGGUUAUACUAGAGAUACGUUAUAAUAAGAACAACAACAACAACAACAACAACAACUUUAUUGACUUUAUCUUCGACAUGAAGAUUUCAGGACCAAAACAAUCAAUAUAACAACAAAUGACAUAAAGUAAAAUAAAAGUUAAGUAAGAGAAAAAGCAACAACAACUAUAUAUAGAACAUAAACAUAGAAAAUUACGCGGCUAUGUACGGCUUCUAUGCUACUCGUAUGUUAAGAAAGAGCAAGAGCAAUUCUCAAAGGGGCCAUGUCAUGGGGAUUUGCUGUUUUAGGUCAUUUCUGUACUUAAGUCAAUACUUAAGGCCUUUAUACAAAUGUCCGUGUAGAGUAUGAAGAAAAUAUAAAAAAAUUCCAUCAGGGAGCACUAACCAUGACAUAUUUUUGGAGACUUUUCCGGGCAUAGCAUUAAAACUUUAAAAAGUAUUCAAUCAAAAAUAUCUCCCCGUUUCUGACCGACUAAACUUCCCUGGACAUUUGACCAAAACUGGAGGACUUAUUCAUCGGCCAAUAAUUUUGGCAAUUAAAAGAUUUACGCUAAUCGUCGAAAAAUAAAUAAAUAAUUGGAACACUGACUUCAAGUCAAGACAGCGGUGCGGCUCAGGUGCCUUCCCUUGUCAGUGUAGAACUACUGAGCGAUGACGAAACAGCCCGGAAUUACUGACCUCAAAAAAAGAAAGCAAUAUUAAACGGCAAGGGUAAAUCCAGUAGAUAUUUUCUCAGGGAGGAAGCUACAUUAGGUUUUGAAGAGUUGUUACCAGUUUUUCUCUCUGUUCAAUUCACCGUAACACCUUUUCCCAUUGUUUUCAGGUUGAUUAUGUUCCACGACCGGGAUGGGGCACAAGGGCUACGACCCUAAGGCUUGUAGGUGAGAGAAUAAAUACAAUGAUAAAGGCCGGAAAAUCAUGAAAGGUUGACUUAAAAAGACAUUUAUUAUGCGUGGUCUCUAUGAAAAAAAAAAUGUCUUGAACUCCGGUUUAGCAGUCAUGUCUGUGCUCUAGAAGAAGCCGCCCAGAAACUUCGGUGAACCGCUAUGUUUGUAACCAAAUUUCUUUUCAAAUGAUCAGUUUAUUCGUUUCUACGCGAAAACCUAUUGUUCACAUAACCUUGUCAGAAGUGAAAAACUUAAUGCCUGUCUCUAUGCAGUGUUUGAUUAGAGGAUAAUAAUAAUAAUAAUAAUAAUAAUAAUUUAAUAUUUAUAAAGCAUACUUUCUAUAUACACGAGGCACAAUUUAGCAAUUUUAAAUGAAAGACAGAGAGAGAGUUCCAUUUUUAUUUCUUUGCUCUCUACAAACUAAGGCAAGCCAUCAUCAAUUAACAACAUAAUUUUCUCUUUCAGACCCAGAUGUGUCGUGGAGAAUGGAUCAGUAAGUUACUGUUUUUUUGACAACGUUUGUUGCCUUGGAAACUUAAAGGUUCACUCCCUAAUCUGUCUUUAACUUUCCCUAAACAAAAAUUUUCUUCAUAUUGUCUUCCUUUUUUUUACAAAACAGUACCUGCCGAACAAAAGCCUGGGGAAUAACCGUACGAUCCAUCACGGUCACACCAUCCUCAGUUUACAUUUUAGAAAAGCCUACAAUCCCAGACAAAAGUAGUUGGAAAGGGUGUACAACUUAACAGUAGUCCAUUUUAAUCCUCAAAAAGAGAGUUUUCUCUUCCCUCCCCCCACGCUGUUAACUACCAUAGGCCCGCGGCCGCGGUUAAAUUCGGACGACUCUGGAAUUGAUUGCCCAAGUUCAGUAUUAUAAAUGGCUUUCAAAAGCUUUAUCUUUUUUUACGGCAACAGGGUUAAAAUUGAGGUUAGGAAUAUACAUCACAGAUAUUGCUUGUGGUUUAAUGGUUAAAAGCGAACUAAAACUACGAAUUAACAUAGCCAACGAAUUCAACAUGUUGAUAGUUGCCUGCGUGCAGACGUCUCCCAAGUAGAGAAACCGGCGUAAAUCCUCGUUUGUGUCAGCAACAGAAUCGAAGGAUGCAUGGUUAGCCCGUGAGAGGACAAGAAUGCCAACCAGGCUAGCUGUUUCUGAAGCUACCACUUGUUUAUUACAGAAGGCCGCUUGUAACCGCAAACUCCUCCCUGUACCAUAUAUCCAGCCUUAUAACCGUUUUUCAAAGCUAACAAAUUCCCCAUUCUUUAUCGACCAGUAAGACAUAUCUUGUCUGGCUGCACCGCAAAUCUCCUCACAGAGGAAUCUCUUGAACUCUUUGCACGGCAUUCUUUAUUAUUUGCAACCGCGUAAGUUACAUUUACGUAGAUAACUGCGAUGUACUGACUUUCAAGUGCUAAAUUAAUAAAUUUUGGUGACUUAUUAUAAACUUCUAGAAUAAUUGCCGUUUUGUCUUUCUUCACAGUUUUCCAGGACCCAUGUAUGACUCAGUGGUCCCACGAGGUUUCUAUAAACCUCACAUUUGGUAUGUAUCUACAAUUCCUUGUACAUGUGAUACCGCGCGUCUUUACAAAUACCGUGUCGUGAAAUUCUGAGUUAAGCCCCAGGAAAUAUAUUUUUACAGGCCUGUUUUUGAUUGGCUUAUACACGCAGGGGUGGUGGAUGCGAGGAGGUGGGACGGUGUGGGGGGUGCGUAGGGGGGUGGUGGGGGGGGGUGGGGGCGGGGUGGGGGGGGGGGGGGGUCGGUGGGGGCGAGAGGGGUUGUGUUGGUAGGCGGGGAGGAAGGGGAAAAGGCAACUUGCGAUUUAAAGACCCAAGAGCUCAUAAUUGGAGGCAAAAUUGUGUUCACAAUUUUUCACCAUCUGCAUGGAGUGGCAUGAUGUGGUUGUUUUUAGCCGGGUUGUGUACUUCUUCAUUUUUUAAAUUGUUAUAUUAUUGUUUAAGGAGCAAGAAUGUGUCUGGAAAAGAUAGCAGUCACGGCAGCACCAGACUUCCUCCAAUUCCAAAAGUAGCUUACCCAAGAUUUCAACAAAAGCAAUAUCAGCACUUUAACAUGAAUUACUCACACGUGCAGCCCUUCAGGUAACAAAAAGGGAAAGACAAAGUUGUUCUGGCAUGCUAUACUGCGAGCAGUCGCGCCUUAGUCUAUCACGCGUGUGCUCUUUCGCGUCUCCCUCGCACGUUUCGCUCAGUCGACGGACUAAGAAAAAAAGAGAGACUGCUUGUAGUCUGCUGGCAUACAGUUCUCUGGUAUUGAAAAGGGAGCGAUCCCCAUGUAACUUGAAACGAAUUCAAUCAAUAAAAGAAACAGCAUCCACACUGCAAGUCUAACAGUAGCCCAAAAAAACACUUUGAAUUUCCAUUGCCGACCUCAGUUUAAAAAAGAGCAAAAAAGAGCUGUGCGGUAGUUAUCUUUAGAAUCAAAGUGAGUUGCAUCACGUCAGUUGAUGGUAUUUAACUCUUCUAAAGUACCCUACAACCUAAUGAGAACUUUAUCGACGCCAUCAAGACAAUGCAAAUACCUGACAACCGCAAGAGAAAUCAAUGUUCACCAGUAUUCCACUUCUUAACAUAAUGGAGUUUCGUUCGUGACAGAAAUCAAAUACAGUCAUGUGAUCAGUAAGUGUUGCGUUUCUCUCAACAGAAGCGACAUCCAUCGCCUCCAAGAAACGAAAGCGCAGAAGAGAAUGAAAGAGGAUCAUCAAAGGACGAUGAACGACUGGAACCGAAUGAACCUGACCGAGCUGAAGGUGCUUCCAGAACAGUCACGCUAUCACGUCAAAAAGGCUAUCAUAUCCUACUUAGGAGGCUCUAAGGGUUGUAACAAGGCGCUUAAACCUCUGUUGAAAGAAAUUGAGGCUACAGAGCCGGUUCAGACAGCGAACGCCUAG